CGGACACUUCCAUUAAUGUGAAACCACAGACUGUUUUCUUGGUUGUGUUCUCAUUUAUUGUCUCACAACGUCAAAAUGUCAAACUAGAAUAGUCCAGUCUUCUCUCCGUCAACGCUCUCUUCUUUGUCAAAACCAAAACCCAUCUGAGAUUACCUGAGAGAACUCUCCGGCGACCUAAAAAUGGAAACUUCCCGUUAUACCCUUCCUCUUCUCCUAGUCUCCCUCCCCUUCUUCCUCUCUCUCUCCGCCCAAAUGACCGGAGACUUUAAAUGCAGCGGCUCGACCUCCACGUGUAUGUCUCUCGUUGGUUACUCAAGCAAGAACCCAACAACGUUGCGUAAUAUCCAAACCCUUUUCGCCGUAAAGAACCUCCGUUCGAUCCUCGGAGCUAACAAUCUCCCACUCGACACCACACCUGACCAGCGCGUGAACCCGGAUCAAGUCGUGCGUAUCCCAAUCCAUUGCUCUUGCUCCAACGGAACAGGUGUAUCGAACAGAGACAUCGAGUACACCAUCAAGAAAGACGACACGCUUUACCUUGUCGCAACUGAGGUGUUCGGAGGUCUGGUUACGUACCAGAAGAUCGCUGAUAUGAACAAAAUUCCCGACCCAAGUAAAAUUGAUGUUGGUCAAAAGUUUUGGAUCCCUUUGCCCUGUAGCUGCGAUAAGUUGAAAGAUGAAGAUGUUGUUCACUACGCUCAUGUGGUCAAAGAAGGGAGCUCCCUCGGUGAGAUCGCUGCUCAGUUUGGAACGGACAACAUGACGCUGGCUCAGCUCAAUGGAAUCUCCAGCGCCGUUCAGCUUCUUGCUAAUUAUCCACUCAACGUCCCUCUCAAAGCUUGUAGCUCUUCUGUGAGGAACGACUCGUUGGAUGCUCCUCUGCUUCUGUCUAACAACUCAUACGCCUUCACUGCAAACACUUGCAUCAAGUGUUCCUGUGAUGCUUCAAAGAAUUGGACUUUAAGCUGUGAACCAUCAUCUCAGGUUAAGCCUUCGAAUUCGACAUGGGCAACUUGCCCGCCUUCACGGUGCGAAGGAGCUGAGGGUUUGUUUCUAGGCAACACGACUACUACGUCGACUAGCAGCUCUUGCGGACCUCGUACUUGCGCCUAUGCUGGUUACUCCAAACAAACCAUCUUCACCGUACUUACCCCAACUUGUCCAGAUUCUGCAAGUCCUGGUAGUGGUAACUAUGCGUCAACGUUCAGCCCAAGGUUCAAUUUCGUGUUGGUGUUGAUUCAGUGUGCGCUGCUUUGUCUCUAUCUUCUCUAGUAAUGUUUUGUUGUUAUAUUGAUUAUGAGUGUGAAUCUAAGUACAGUUUGGACUGAAAUAAAGACAUUGUUUCACCUGAAGCAUCACGUCCUUGUACCAUUAUGAAGUUGCAAACACUUCAGCUCUUGACACUUGUGUGGUUACCAACCAGAAAAUAAUAAAACAUUGAUAUGAA